AUGGGCUCGCGGACGGCAGCAGUCGCUUCCCUCCUUGCGGUGCUCUACAGCGCCGCGCUGGUGCCAUGCAGCGCCAAGACCACGGAGCUGCUGGGUGACUUGAAGAAGGAGGUGAACUCACUGAAGACCAGUGUCGGCAGCCUGACGAGCAGCCUCGAUACUGCCAAGACCAUUGCUGACUACCCAGGCGACAUCAACGACGCCCGGAAAUGCAUGGUGACCCUCUUCCCGGUAUUGACCACCAGCCUGCAGACCAUUGCGGCCAUCCCCUUUCCAGCGCUCCAGACGGGUGCGAACACCGCCAAGACUGCGGUGACCGCAGGGAAGUCGGUUUUUGAAACGGCCACUUCCGCAAUUCCAACUGUAGCGCAGGCUUCCAGCCAGGUGGCCACCCAGAUGACGGCGGUGAAAGGCACAGUGGACAGUUUUUCGGGCGCGCUGACCUCUUUUAACUUGAUCGUGGACAGGGGCCUGCAGUUGCUCGAGCAGGUUGUUCAGCUCUUGAAUUUCGGUGCGGCCAUGGACACCGUCAAGGGUAAGCUGCAGAGUCUCUUCGAAACGCUGACCACGGAAUUCCCUGCAGAGGCGACCAAAAUCGUGGUUGCCAGCAUCACAGAAUGGAUGGGCGUCACACAGUUCCAGACGCAGCUGGACAUGAUUGCCUUGCUUGCGGAUGUCGAGACUGUGACUUUUGACACUGCCCCGCUUGUGGCCGCCGUCAGCACGGCAGCACGGUCGGCCAUGGACACAUCCCUUUCCACUCUCCUGACGGUCUCGGAUCUCGUGGCCAAUGCCACCACCAAGCUGGAAGCAGAGGUGAAAAAGUCGGUGCGUGACAUCGCUCGCUUGUUCUCCAAUCUGGGCCAGGGUCUCAGUUCCAGCGAGACUGCCACUGGCAUGAUGGACAACCUCUUGCUGAGACCCCUAGACGAGGCAGUCACGGGCAUGAUGGAGAGCAUGAGAAAGCAAUACCUGGCAUGGCUGGACUUUUCAGAUUCCAAGAAGGCUGCCUUGGAACAGCAGUUGAAUGGCGUGGACGUCGCUGCAGUGUUUUCCUCAUUGCAGGGCUCCAUUUCCAGCAAGGCGUCCUCCUUGGCAGACAAGAUCUAUCCGACUGUCCUGGGUCUCAUCAAGACAUCCGUCACCACGAUGGCCAAGGAGGUUACCAAUGAGCUCCUGACAAAGUGCGCCCCGCCAGCUGAUCCCAUUGCCUGCGUGAAAGAGAAGGUGGAGGCUGCCAUGAGUAGCACCAUGACGUCAUUCAAGACAUUUGUGCAGGGCAAGAUGCAGGAGCACGGGUCCCAGAUGAUGAGCGACGUCAUCUCGGAGGUGGAGACUGCUACUGGCGUGAGCCAGGCAAACCUGGUCAGCAUCCUGAUGUCAAUGUCCGGCAUCCCGCAGCUGCCCGGGCAAGAUGACAUUGCAGCCUUACAGGCGCAGAUGAAGGUCAAGGUCGACGAAGCGGUGGCAAGGGCACAGCAGCGCGCGGACGAGCUCUUCGAGUCUCUGCCGCUGCCGCCUGGUUUGGCGGCGCUCGCCGGGCUCACAGCGCCUAACUGGAAGAAGGGUCUCCUGACGGUCUUUGAAGCCACGGUGGGCAACAGCAUGAUGCAGUCGCUGGAGACCGCCAUUGCCGCCACAGUUAACACCGCUGUGACCACCGUCAAGGCCACAACUCUCGCCGAGCUCAAGUCUGCGUUGACCAGCUACCUCACGAGCAGCUUGUCCUUGUCGGUGGAUGCGGCAGCAACAAAGCUCGCGAGCUUGGAGGCUACCGCCCUGGGAUUCUGGAAUAAGAUGCGCCUGGACGAGCGGGUCAUUGAGCUCGGCCUGAAGGUCAAGGACUUUGUCCUAAAGUGGGCCUUGUCCAAGAAGUCAGAGCUCCAAGGGGCCAUGGACGGUGCCUCCUCCUUCGAACUGGACACCAUCCUGGGAGGAGCUGCAGGCAGCAUCAGCAAUCUCAAGCGUGGCCUUGCCACUGCCAGCCAGCCACUGGCCACUGCUACUGGCACCUUAUCCGGUAUGGUGGACUCAAUGUCCUCCUGGAAGUCCACGGCUGAGUCGGUGCUGACGGCUCUGAACGGUGCUUGCACGCCAGCCACUCGCCUCAAGGAUGCCCUGAAAGGCAUCACCGACUGGCUGGAUGCCGAGUACUGCCUGGAUACUGUGCUCAGCUCGCUCGGGUGCAUCGGCGGCUAUGACGUGGGCAUCGUGACGCUUCCAGAGGUUUGUGCUAAGGACUACAUCUCCCGGUCUGCAUACUGCAUGGUGCCCAGCCAGCUGCUGCAAAUGCAGCUUUGCGUGAAGGUGCCGGAUGCUUGCAGCUGCCUGGAGACUGCGCUGGGAAGCGACGCCCUGAACAUCUGUUUGAGCACCGACACGGUGAGCAACUUGGUGUCCACUGCCUUCAACUCCGUGAUCUCGGCGGCCGGCGUCGGCAACUGGGAUUUGGGCAUCAGCUUCGACAUCCCGGAACUGCCGUCCCCCGAGUUCCCGCAGAUGGACGACCUGGUAAACUUGGACCUGGAGCUGCCGAGCUUCCAGCUGCCGAAACUGCUGGUCACAAGUGACGGCACGAUCACGCUGCAGGGUUGGAUGGACCAAGGCUUUAACAUUUUCACGCAGACUCUGGAAACCGCCGUUGACAAGGUGACCGAACUCUUGAAGAGCGUUGUGGUUCUGGAGGGCGUGGCAGAUGCUGCCGGCAUGAUCGACAAUGCCGACUUCAAAGCUGCCUUGGAGGAAGGCUUCGCCAAGAAGGUUGGUGUGGAGCCCUCUCAGGUCAAGGUGGCCCUGUCCUUGGCCGGUGGCGGGCGACGCUUGCAAGGCAGCAGCGGCACGGUGCAGGCGGAAUACACGGUGACAGUGGAGGACUCUGAUGAGAAGUCUAGCGAUGAGGUUCAGUACAGCAUGGAGAAGGUGGCCUACGACAAGGCCGGCUACAUGACCGAGGCCAAAUCAGCCAUGCAGGCCAGAAGCCUCACCAACCUGCAGAGUUCUUCUGUGGGCAGCGUGGUCACUUCGGAGCCAGAGGAGCAAGUAGCAGCGCCGACCGCCACAACGAUGAAUGAGGCUGGCAGAAUCAGCGCGGCCUUCCAGGCAUGGUAUCCGUUGUACCUGCCACUAGGGUUGGCACUGCUGUAG